AGCUUUUGGCUUGUAGUUUUGUUGCUUCCGGUCGCGUCUUGCAGAAUUUGCGUGCUUGCGAAGCAGCGUCAUGUUGACCUCCGUACUUGUCGUCAGCUGCUUGAUGUGCGUGCAAGCUGGUUUGAAGACCGGAAGCUAUGCAACGACAAAUGUUGCCGACUUUCUUAGCAGCCCAGCCUUUCUGGAUGCCGUGACAGAUGCAAUUUCAAAGGCUGGGCAGGACAAAGGAGAUCGAGAGCUCCUCCGAGCCCAGGUUGCCAACAGCUUUGGGAGCAUUCCUGGCGUCUCAGAGAGUACGACCAUGGAUUCCAUCACCGGCAGUCAGAAGGAGGCGUUGCUGGAGUUGGUCAAACAUUUGCCCAACCUGAGCCUCAGAAGCUCUGGCCGAAGAUUGAGUCUCAACGAGACAGCGGAGAACGUCACAUACAGGUUCCAGAGCUUCGACAGCAACCACAAGGAGGGUACUGGUUCUCUUGGAAGCAGUGGUAGUGCUGACAAGAGCGUCUCGGAAGUUACCGUGGUGAAGUCCAAAGACGGGAAAGGAUUCUCAUUCACUAUCGGGCCACAGAUUGCUGGCACGUUCCUCAUUGGAGGCACUUUGGAGAUCAAGCAGAGAAAUGGUCGUUACAUCUCCGGGCGAAUCCGUGCGGGUUUCGUCAACUUGCGUACAGUGCUCACAGGGACAUGGGAGUCCGACAGUACAGACAUGGACAGUGUGCUGCACAUCCACUUGGCGGAGCCCGGGGUCCACGAAGACUGGACCUGGAAGCCGCGCAAGGAGCUGCCAAGCGGGGGCAACUGAUGCGCGUCCUCAAAGUCUUUGGGCCGAGCUAGGCGGCUAUGCUGGCAUUCGUUCCCUCCAGGCUUGAGACUGAGGAAGGUCAAGCACAUGCUCCUGAAGAAAAGCCAGAAAAAAGGUGAACGGCUUCUGAAUGGAAAACAUGGGGACACAAUGUGAGCGGACUGAUAUGGAUCGAGCAAACCGGUCCUCUUGCCGUCGUCGAUCCCGUGAAUUGCAUGUCUGUAAAUUGGGCAAUGCCCGUUUGGAGCUGGCUAUGAGAUGCUCGACCAAUCUCCUUUGAUCUUGCAGUCUUGC